UUCAGAUUGAGGUCCGCCUUUGACGGCGUUCUCUGUCUUCUAAUAGGAUAAAGAGGGCUGUCAAUCUUCGUUGUAACCAUUUGAUUGGUUGAGAAACUAACACACACACACACUAACAGAAACUGGAUCAACUUUACGGUAAGCAAGACGGAGAGCGGUCCAGAGAAAAUACUCGAAGUGGGAAUAUUUGUUAUACUGCUGUCAUUUGCCAGGAACUGAAGAUGAUCGAGGUGGUUUGCAACGAUCGACUGGGCAAGAAAGUCCGGGUCAAGUGCAACUCUGAGGACACCAUUGGAGAUCUAAAGAAGCUCAUUGCUGCCCAGACAGGAACACGAUUUGACAAGAUUGUACUAAAGAAAUGGUAUACCAUAUUCAAGGACCACGUGUCUCUCGGUGACUAUGAAAUUCAUGAUGGGAUGAACCUUGAGCUGUACUACCAGUAGGCCACAAGAGGACCCCCCCCCUCCCUCAAUUGCACACAGACGACCCUUUUACUCAUUACACACACACACACACACAAAGAUGGUAUCCCUUGAAUGUGUUGCAGGAAACCAACGUGAUCAGACAACCCAACUGAUAGAGAAAAGGCGCAGUAUCUACAGAGCAGAAAACACAGACAUGACAUUGAUUUCCGUUGUAGCCUAUGUUUUUUGCCCACAAAUUAUGUGAAAGACAUGUUUUAACAUUUUGUUUUGAUAUUUUUGAAUUAAAGCAGAUAUUUACCUACUU